AGUGGAGCUAGGACAGGUUUCUCUAUUUUCUCAUUUUUAGAGGAGAAUGUCGGCAGGAAGGUCUGUGUCUUCAGCCAGCGUGGGACGGGACUUUAGCCGAGGGGCUCCCAGGCUGCCACUGGUGUCUCCGAACCCGCCGAGGUGCGGCUGGGCGGACCCUGGCACCACCACCUGGUUCACUUAAAUACACCCCUUCCCUGGGGCCCGGGACGGCUGGCGGGGACGGGGCGGGGCUUUGGAGCCCGGUCCGCCGGGAGCUGGGGACCGCCGCGGGUUCCUGCCAAACAAGGGCCUUUUCCUCCUGCAUUCCUAACUCCCUCCCGCUCUUCUUGGCUCUCAGCAGCCUCUUACCCUUUUUUUUUUUUUCAUUUAUUUUCCUCCCCAGCAUCCACUCGUACAUUCAUUCAUUCAGCCAAUUUCUAGCUGAGCGCCUACUGGUGCAGGCACUGUUUUAGAAGUUGGGAAUACAGCAGUGAACAAAAUAGACAAAAAUCCCUGCCCUCAAAAGCCUGGGAGCCUACAUUUUAGUGAAGGGGAGAUCUACAAUAAACAAUAGAAAGAAUAUAAGUUAACUUAUGCACCAUGUUGGAAAGUGAUAAAGUGCUAUAUAGGAAGGUAAGGCAUGUCAGGAUUUGAAGGAGGGGGUAGGCUGUAAUUUUAAAUAGGGGACCUAGAGUAGGUUUCCUUGGGAGGAUUAUGUACAAGAAAACAGUUGAAGGAAGCAAGAUUAUUCAUCGUGAGGGUAACUUGAGGUGGAGGGGACAGCCAGUACAAAGGCCCUAAAAUGGAAAUGUGCCUAAAAAGGAAGAGAAAGGUCUGUGUGACUGAAGAGGGUUGAAUGAGGGGAAGAAUAGUAGGAGAGGUAAUAGCACACCCUAUAGACUUGUAUGCCAUUGUAAGGACUUAAGCUUUUAUUUUGAAUGAACAAGAGAGAUUCAAAAGGCACAUUCUUUAGGGCCUUUUAUGUUACUCUUUAUUUUGAGUAAGAUGGACCCAUUGAGGGGUUUUAAGCAGAGAGAUGAAAUAAUCCAGCUUAAGUUUUAAAUGGCCUACUCUGUUGUAUUGAGGAUAGAAGCAGGAGACCAGCUGGACGGCUAACGUAAUACUGCAGGGCAAUGCAGACAAUGGUGGCUUGGGACAAGAUAGUGGCAGUGGAGGUUGUAUUCUGGAUAUAUUAUCAUUUUCGGUUUAUCUUCCCCUGCUCCCUCAUCUCCCAUAGAUACCUCAGAUUCUCAGUGAUUCCUUCUUUUUGCUUUGGUCACAUUCCUCUCUUUUCUCCUCCCUUCAUCGAAUAUGCAGGAAAAUAAGGUAUGGGAUUACCACUAGCUUAGUACUGCUGAUGAACCCCAAAUCCAGGGCAGUAUUUGACACAUCAAGCCAAAAAGCAGCUGCCCUGUGGGUCAGGAGAGGCCCUUUGGCUGGCACCAUCAAGGCUUAAAUCCCUGAAAGGAGGCUGGUAUCCACUGGAGCCACUUCAAACUGGUCCAGGCAAAGCCACGGUUGACUUUGGGAGCUGGAUCCAACCAGCAGAGAAGAAACCGGGACAGUGUUAGAAGACCGGAAAAGAAAGCUGGGUAAAAAGAUGCAGCAGGUGGUGGUAUCAGAUGAGACUCCAGGACCAUCAAACCAGCUCUGUAUCCGUGAUACCAAGCUCCUGCAGGAAAGAGCUCUGCCAUCUCCUCAUUGUCCUGCCUUUGCCGAAGAUGGAAGCCAAGGAAGCCUGCCAGGAGCAAAAAUCAUACUGAUGAGCCAGUCUCAAGGAACUAUGGAGUUUUCUCCAGGACAGCAGGGACAUAUUGUUUCAGGAGGCAGUGACAUUUGAGGAUGUAGCUGUGAAUUUCAGUAAUGAGGAGUGGCAGUGUCUGACCCAUGCUCAAAGGCACCUCUAUAAAGAUGUGAUGUUGGAAAAUUAUGGAAACGUGGUAUCACUUGGAUUUCCAUUUCCUAAACCUCCUUUGAUCUCCCAUCUGGAGCAAGAGGCAGAGCUCUGUGUUCAGGAUGGACAGGACAGGGAGUUCCUGAGCUGCCCCCACCCAGUAUCAGCAGCCAAGACACGGCCUGAGAAUGAGAAGGCAAGUUCAGAACAGGCAGUUUUUGAAAAUGGAGAAGUCUGCUGGGUGAAAUUUAAAAGUCUCCUAAAAGUUGUUUCCCAGGAUCCAGAGGUUGGAGAAGUUUGUGUACAAGAUGUCAAAUUAGAGAAUCAAUGGGAAAUACCUAUGAGGGAGAAACUGAGAGAAGAGAAAGAACGCUGUGAGAAAGUGACCUUCAAGAAAGGAAAGAACCAGAAGGUACUUAGAAAAAACUCAAAAUGUAUUCCAUAUAGGGUUCUUACAGAAAAGAAACUCCAUGAAUGUGCCAGGUGUGACAAAAACUUCAUCUGGCAUUCUGACCUAAUUCUCCAUGAGCGAAUUCACUCUUGCCAGAAACCCUAUGUGUGUAAUGAGUGUGGGAAAGCAUUCAGGACGAAAAAUCAGCUUUCUAUGCACCAGAUAAUCCACACAGGGGAGAAACCCUUUAACUGUAGCCAGUGUGGGAAGGCCUUCAACAGUAGAUCAGCUCUUUGCCGACAUAAAAAAACGCACAGUGGGGAGAAGCCUCACCAGUGCAGCGACUGUGGGAAGGCCUUCAAGACCAGGAACCGUCUCAGGAUGCAUCAGAUCAUCCACACUGGGGAGAAGCCUUAUGAGUGCAGUGGCUGUGGGAAGGCCUUUCAGUUUAAGCAUUCCCUUAUCAUCCAUGGCAGAAGCCACACUGGGGAGAAACCCUAUGAGUGUGAGGAGUGCGGGAAGGCCUUCAGCGGGAGUUCAGACCUCAUCAAACACACAAGAAUCCACACUGGGGAGCGACCUUAUGAGUGCAGUGAGUGUGGGAGGGCCUUCAGCCGAAGCUCAGACCUAAGCAAACACACAAGAAUCCACACUCAGGAGAAACACUGUGGGUGCCCUCAGUGUGGAAAAGCCUUCAGCAGCAAGGCAGAGCUCACCAAACAUAGAAGAAUCCACACUGAAGAGAAGCCUUACAAGUGUAAGGAGUGUGGGAAAGCCUUUCGUCAUAACUGUAAACGCAGGGCUCAUGAACGAGAACACACUGGGGAGAAGCCCUAUCGAUGUGGGGAUUGUGGGAAAACUUUUCAGGAUCGGCACUGCCUUACCAUCCAUCAAAGAAUCCACACUGGAGAGAAACCGUAUAAAUGUUCAGAGUGUGGUAGAGCUUUCAGUGGGAAAUCAAACUUGACCAAUCAUCAAAGAAUCCACACUGGAGAGAAGCCUUACAGAUGUGAGGUGUGUGGAAAGGCCUUUCAUCAUAGUUCAGUCCUGAGGCAGCACAGAAGAAUCCACACUGGUGAGAAGCCAUAUACCUGCAGUGAGUGUGGCACGUCUUUCCGUCAGAGCUCAGCUCUGAUUGGACACAAGCGAGUUCAUACUGGGGAGAAACCUUAUGAAUGUGAGGAGUGUGGAAAAGCUUUCAGAGUGAGCUCAAAUCUUACUGGACAUAAGAAAAGAAAACAUAGAGUGUGGGGAACCCACAAACUUGAUGAGAAUGGGAAAUCCCUCUCUCCGGUAACCUGUUCUCAGACUUUUUCAUUCAUCAAUAUUUUGACAACCAACACUUGAGGGUAGUGAUUCUGGUGUUUACACUUUCUCAUUUCUCCUUCUACUUCUUACACUGGUCCCUCUUGUCUCCUGUAUUGGUUCUUCCUGGUUCCCUGACCCCCUAAUUGUGAGACCCCACCAAGCCUUUGUCCUUGACCUUCCUAUUCAGUGUCUCUUCAGUGAGCACAUUCACUUCCAAGGCUUUGUCUGUCAAUAAUAGUCCUGUAAUAUUAAAUACUAGUGCUUGACACAUGCCAGGCAUUAUUCUUUACAAUUUUUAAUCAUUUAAUCCAUACAACAUCCCUAUGGGAUGAGGAAAUUGAGGCAUAAAAAGAUGAAGAAACCUGCUGUGGAUCACUUAACUAGUAAAUUCUGAACAAAUGCCCACUGAAUGCUUAGACUUACCUGAGCAAUUUCCAUUAUCCUGCACCACAUCUCUCGGAUAUGAAGCUAUACCUCAGUUCAGCACAGAACAUUUUUUUAAUUGAUAAACAUUGAUCAUCUUUAGCAAGUUUUGCUUUAACUUAAAGCCUGAAUGGUACUUCUCCUUAAUGGAUCAGAAUUGCUGAGAUUCAGUGGGGGAACGGAGGCAGGGCAAGGGCAGAUUUUAAAAUUACAGAUAAGCAGAAGUCAGGUAUACACUGCCGAAGCAGCAGUGUACGUAUGGAAAAAGCAUGAAGCCUGACCCACUUUGUUAUAAAUACACUAAAAGGUCUUCAAGAUGUUGAUUUCUUAAAUAUUUGCUGUAUCUGUUUGCAUGAUAUAUGAAAUGCUCUUUCAAAUAGAUUAGUAAAUUUAUAUCUAUCUUUUCAAGUCUUUCAGUGUCUAACAUCUAUCCUUUCUCUUGCAAAUGUUACAGGUCCUUACUUCAGACAGAACUAAAUUAAAUACCCACAUGCAAUAAGGCUGUUAAAAUAGAAAUUGAAAAUCCUAGAAGAGGAUGCAAAUGUGUGUCAACUUAAUUAACAUAAUGACCAUAAUUGCGAAUUAAAUUUAGUUCAAAGUUCCCUGACUGGUAAAGAGAUGAGCAAUGGGUUCCCCAGCAUUUGUCAAAAGUGUUUUACAAGCUAAUGUUUUUAAAAAAUAAUAAGUUUGAGAAAUGCUGGCUAGGUGGGGGUAUUUAUUCCCUUAAAGACUUCUCAGGGUUUAUACUAUGCUAAUGUCCUGUCUGAGUCUUAAACAAAGGAACUGUAAGAAGCAUUGCUUUCCCAAAGUGAUGGACGAAAGAAUUCUGUUUGGAGGAGCACCUUCAUGGACUCUUGUUUCACAGAAAACAUCUUGGGAAAUGGUUACACAUUAUCUAAUAUGGACAAGGAGUCCAAGAUACACAAUUUUCUAGUAACAAAUUCCAAAGGGAGUUACAUGACUUAUUAUACAAAAGACAGAUUAAACAUUGUUUCUUAUGUUCAGUUUCUACAGGAAAUUAGAGCACGUCCUUUAUAUGGCCAUUUCUUAUAUAUUUUUUUGAAGAAAACCAAGAUGAAAACAUUUAGGAUAUAACUCUAAAAUUGUCUCUGUGGAGGAUGACACUCUGUAUAUGUGGCUUUUGGAUGAUAUAACGUGACUUAAGGGCAGAGUUUAGGAUAUGUCUGGAGAAUUGGCAGUGCUUUUCCAAUCUUUUUUGACUGCAAGGACCCCUUAUUUGAUGAUCAAUAAAUUUUACCGACACUCUCUCCCCCAUGCAUACACACACUACAGGUAGUUUUACUUUAAUGCUCGAUGGCAAAAUGUUGUCAUGUUCUCCUAGAAAAUCUGAGGUUUUGUUAAUUACAACAGCAUGUAUAUGCUUUUGGAAAAUGUAUACACAUGUUCAGGAUGUUUUUUUACCCACAGGCCAUGAGGUUCAUUUGGAUUUUGGACUCAAAGUCCUUAGCCCAUCAUGAGAACCCUCCAGUGCAUCCUUUCAAGUCACUUCUUCAGUCAGUCUUUUAACAGAAUCUGGCAAGAUUUCAAUUCCAGUUUAAAUUCUGGACAGUCCUGGAGUGUUGAUGUUUUGUGUUAUUGAUCAGGGAGUCAUGUUCUUCAGACACCAGUUAACUGGAAGGGGUGGCAAGCCUGACAUUCCUCUGUGAAAGUUGAGAAGCCUCUGUACUGAGCCCAAAUAGAAGACUUUUAGACUUCAUCCUCACCAGUCCAUCUUCAACAUGACCAUUGUCUCCCUAAAAUAUUCCUAUGAUCAUGACACCUGCUUUUUUAAAAAAUUUUAUUUAUUUUUAUUGAAGUAUAGCUGAUUUACAAUAUUUUGGUUGUUUUAGGUGUACAGCUGCUUUUAAAACUCCCAACUGACUCUCAGUCCUGCAGUAAGAAAUCCCAAAUUACUAUCUUGAACUCCAGGAAUCUUUUGAUACUUCCUGGACACUUAAAAUGAACAUCAUGAAAAAAAACAUUGAAGGAGUUUCAGAUAUUUUACCUGUGGAAAAAAUCAUUUAGAAGGGAUCCUAAGGUGGAAUAGACUCUGCUAUACAGUUGUAAGUUUGGUAGACAGGCAUAAUGUAGAAGGAAUUCAAAGAUCAGAUGCAUAGUUGAAUAAUAAAACAUGUUAGUGUUUCUUGAAACCCUAAGAUUCUUGUAGUUAUAAUUGUGAAGUUACUAAAACAAGAGUUGUUGAUUUAGUUAUUUCUUAGAAAUAUCACCAGAUAAAACUCACUUUUUUAAGCCUAAUUAAUUCUAAAUGGAAAGACAGAAAAAUUUCACCAUGAACAUUGAUACCAUGAGAUUGUUUUCACUUUACCUGUACAGAAGAAGUAAAGAAUGCCCAUUUCACUCAGUUUUUAAAAGGGUGAUAAAAUACAGAUUUCAGAAUUAGAACCACAAAUGUACAGAAGUGUCUUUCUUAGCUCCUACCUAUGGACUGUAGUUCUAUGCCCUGGGAUAAUUGCAGAGUAAGAUUAACCCAUUGCUCACAAGGUAGUCCUUCAAAAAUUUCAAGACAAAAGCUUCUCUUUCCACUAGGUAAAAUAUCUGAAAUUUCUUCAUUGCCUUUUCACAAUGUUCAUUCUAAAUGUUCAGGAAAUAUCAUAAGAUUCCUGGAGUUCAAUUUAGGGUUUCUUACUAUGGGAUUGAGAGUUAAUGGAGAGUUUUUAAAGCUGGUGUCAGGAUCAUAGCAAUAGGAAGACAAUGAUCAUAUUGAAGAUGGGUUGGUGAGGGUGGAGUCUAGACAUCUUGGCCUUUGUUCCAUUGGUCUAUUGUCUAGCCCUACACCAAUGCAAAACUGCUUAAUUACUAUAGCUUUAAAGUAUCUUGACAUCUGUAGGGUAAGUCCUACUGCUUUGUUAUUAUUUUUCAAGACUGACUUGGCUAUUUUUGUCUAAGACUAUACUUCUUCAUGGAUUGGAAGACUCAGUGUUAUAAAGAUGUCAGUUCUCCCCAAAAUUGAUCUAUACAUUCAUUGCAACCUAAGUAAAAAUCCCAAGGGUGGGUUUUUAUGGUAAUUGACAAAUUGAUUCUAAAAUUUAUGUUGAAAUGCAAUAUAAUUCUUGGCCAAGGCGGGAAGAGUGGGGGAAAGGGAUAGUUAGGGAGUUUGGGAUUGACAUGUACACACUGCUAUAUUUAAAAUGGAUAACCAACAAGGACCUACUGUGUAGCACAGGGAACU